CAGGGAGCCUCGGACACAGCAGAUCACCGAUCACGGAAAGAGCCGAAGAUGUCGGCUCGGUCAUGUGAUCAGCUGUGUCCAAUCACAGCUGAUCACAUGGCACUGAUGAUUAGUGUGCCCUGAUGAUCAGUGUAGCCCCAGCAGGGCCACCUGUCAGUGUCCAUCAGUGCCUUGUGUCAGUGCUCAUCAGUGCCUCGUGCCAGUGCCCAUCGGUGCCCUAUCAAUGCCACAUACCAGUGCACAUCAAUGCCACAUAUCAGUGCCCAUCUGAGCUGCCUUUCAGUGUCACCCAUCAGUGCCACCUAUCAAUGCCAAUCAGUGCCACCUAUCAAUGCCAAUCAGUGCCACCUAUCAGUGCUGCCAAUCAG